AUGGAUGUGUUAAAACGUCAACGUGCUGCGUUAAAAGGGCAAGUUACGCGAAUUUCGGCCGCUUGUCAAACACCUUCGCUACAAGUGUCAAAAGCACGGGCUUUAAAAACAAAAUUAGACGCCUAUAUGACCGAUUUUGAACGAAUUCAAAAUGAAAUAGAAGCAUUGUUAGAUGAUGAAGCAGAUUUAUCAUCCGAAACCGAGUAUCGUGUCGAGUUCGAGGAUUCGUACUAUAAUAAUGCUGCUAUUUUAUCUGACAUAAUUGAUUCGCAGGGUGUUUCUAAUCCAUUCGGUGGUGGUGCGAGUGAUGAGCUCAAUAAAUCAUUGCAAAUUUUAACUGACAAUCAGUGCGCGUUAACCGAAAUGUUAAAAACAGUCAGUGAACAAUCGCGUAGAUCCAUAAACAUAACAAAGGUCGAUUCGAAUACGCGACUUCCACAAACGAAACUACCGGAGUUUCAUGGUGGCUAUGACGAGUGGAUGCGGUUUCAUGAUUUGUUCGUCGCGAUGGUCCAGUCAAAGGAAAAUAUUUCGGGAGCUGAAAAAAUGGACUAUUUGCUUUCAUGCCUUAAAGGUAACACGUCGUCGGUCAUAAAACAUUUGUCUCCCAACAAUGCAAAUUUUGACGUGGCAUGGGAUCUGUUAAAAUCGCUUUAUGAUAAACCCCAGUUUAUAACGGUUGCACACUUCGACAAGCUUUUUGAGUUUCCAAUGCUUAAAGGCACCGGUUUAGACGAAAUAAAGUGUUUCUUUAGAACUAUAAGCGAAAACAUAAAUGCGUUGCGUGCUCUUAAAAAGCCAGUCGAAUCUUGGAAUACGCUAUUAGUGUAUGUACUCGCAAAAAAGAUGGACGAAGAAACCCGAGUUUUGUGGGUCCGAGCCACUAAAACCAAAGAAGAUCCAAGCAUCGAAGAUCUUAUUGAAUUUUUAAAGGAUCGCAUAAACGAACUCGAAAGCCUUAAUUUAUCGCGGGACGUGCGUGUUAAUAAAAAAGUUGACUUUAAAACUGCGAGUAAACGCGUCCUAAGUACAUCUAUACAACCGUGUAUUAAAUGUAAACGAAAUCACUAUCUGUACCAAUGUACUGAGUUUCGCAAUCUUUCGGUACCGGCGCGCGUUGAACUAGUGCAGUCAAAUAAAAUUUGUGAAAAUUGCCUUCGCGUAAGACAUAACAUCUCUGAGUGUAAAUUUUCUGUAUGUAGGCUUUGCUCGCAAAAGCAUAAUACGAUGCUACAUCAAGGUCACGUUGGGCCUGACGUAAGUUUACCGAGUUGUUCAAAAAAUAUAGCUUGUGGAAUGUCGGUACAUUCAGUUAAUAAUGCGCUCCGGGAGUGCUACACACUUUUACCUACAGCUAUAGUUUUUGUUGUUGAUGUUCGCGGCCAGCUACAUAAAUGCCGAGCAUUGCUUGAUUCCGGGUCGCAAGCAACAUUAAUUUCAGAAGAGUGUGUACAACGCUUAAAUUUGAAGAGAUCUCACGCCAGAAUACCUAUUCAUGGAAUUGGUCAAAACGGCAGUUCCUUGGGAACAAGAGGAGUUGUAAGUUUGAGUUUACACUCAUCAGGUGAGUCAAAGUUUAUAAUUUCUACAAAGGCAUAUAUACUCCCAAAAUUGACUGGCGAUUUACCUACCUUACCGGUUUCGAAAUCAAAACUUGCGUUUUUUGAUAAUCUUCAUCUAGCGGAUCCUCAAUGUUUUAUUCCCAAUAAAAUCGAUAUUCUGCUCGGAUCUGAUGUUUUCUUCAAUAUCCUAUCGGAUGGUAAAAUCAUCCAUCCGUCAGGUUCGCCAACAGCUCAAAACACUGCUUUCGGGUGGAUACUCGCAGGAAACAUUUCUUCUGAUAGUCAGCAACAAUUUAAAAUCUUUACAACUGCGAUUGAUCUCGAUUAUCUGCUCCAAAGAUUUUUGGGAUAUGAAGACUUUCCAGAUAUCCACUCUUCGCAAUCCGACGUACACGAGCAGAUCGAAAAUCACUUCGUUUCAACCCACUGUGUUCGGCCCGAUGGUCGAUAUGUAAUAAGGCUUCCAUUUAAAACGUCAACCGUUGAGUUCGGGAACUCACGGAAUGCGGCUCUUCGUGUCCUUCAUUCGAUGGAAAGGAGAUUUGUCAAUAAUCCUGAUCUAAAACAGGAAUAUAUACGAUUUAUGCGUGAGUAUGAGCUAUUAGGUCACAUGGCACCCGUUUCGCCGAGCGAAUUACAUCAGCCUUCCUUUUAUAUGCCUCACCACGCCGUCCUAAAACCCUCUAGCACAACGACGAAGCUGAGGGUAGUAUUCAACGCGUCUUGUAAAUCGAGUAAUGGCAUUUCGCUUAACGAUUGCUUGAUGGUAGGACCUGUCAUACAAAACGAUCUCGUGACCUCACUAAUAGGAUUUCGAAAAUACGCGGUAGCAGUAAAGUCGGAUAUUGCUAAAAUGUAUCGCCAAAUCUUGGUCAACGACGAUAAUACCAAUUACCAACGAAUUGUUUGGAGAGAGGACGUUAACCAAGAACCUAUCGACUAUCGUCUUUUGACUCUGACUUAUGGAACGGCUCCGGCAUCCUUUAUUGCUACCAGAGUCCUCAAGCAGAUAGGUAUUAACGGUUCAACAAAAUAUCCUCAAGCCAGCAACAGCCUAAAGUACCAUUUUUACGUCGAUGAUUACAACGAAGGGUUCUACUCGGUUGAAGAAGCGGUUCAAACUAAAAACCAUUUGUGUAAAAUCCUUAGGGAAUCGGGAAUGGAGCUUCGGAAAUGGGCUUCUAACUCGUCGACAUUCCUAUCAACAUUUGAAGCCGAAAGCCUCGAAAUUUCAAGUGACCUGCCAAUGGGUGACUCUAGCGUUAAAUUACUUGGAUUAGUUUGGGAUACUGAAGCUGAUAUCUUCAAAUUCAGUUUACAAUUACCGUCGUUACGAUCCCAAAUCUCCAAGAGGGAGGUGUUAUCUGAUAUCGCUCGGAUCUUUGAUCCACUAGGAUUGCUUUCGCCUACCGUAAUCAAAAUGAAACUUUUUAUGCAGAAGUUAUGGCUUAAAGGAGUAAGUUGGGAUUCGAUAAUUCCUUCAGAACUCUACGAGGAAUGGGCUGAUAUUAGGACUGAUCUAAAAAACAUUGCGUUGAUUCGUAUUGCUCGAUGGAUCCAGCAUGAAAGGGGGGAAUUGAUUGAGCUGCAUGGAUUCGCGGAUGCGUCUGAGUCCGCAUAUGCUGCAGCAGUAUACUGUCGUGUUAAAAGAACUGAUGGACGCGUUUGCACAUCGCUCGUUUGUGCUAAAACGCGUGUCGCACCAGUUAGAAAGAAGUUGACCAUUCCCAAGCUCGAGUUGUGUGGCGCUUUACUGCUAACCAAACUGCUUAGCAAGACUAAAGAGUCACUCUUCUCACAUAACAUCGAAUGCUUUGCAUACACAGACGCGUCGGCAGUGUUGCAUUGGAUCCAGGGAUACCCUCGCUCUAAAAACGUGUUUGUCGAUAAUCGAUUAGCCCAAAUUACUGCUGAACUACCGUCUUCAGUUUGGCAUUAUGUGCGUUCUGCAGAAAAUCCAGCGGAUUGUGGUACAAGAGGAAUUAUGCCCAAACAUUUGCCUUUAUUAAAUUUGUGGUGGAAGGGGCCGUUAUUCCUUCAAGAAUCUGAUGUUAUUUUCACGAAAUUACCCAAUUUAAAGCUAGCCGUCGAAGAAGCCGAAGUUUCUUGUUUCGCAAGCUCAGCCGAGCCUGAGUGGGAUAUUUUUCAAUGGUCUAGUAGCCUCAACCGACUUCUUCACGUCGUUGCGCGUUGUAUACGUUUAAUUCGAAAGUACCGAAGGCCUAGGAGUACAUUGAAUAACUUGUGGCUGUCACCGAGUGACAUUAAUUCGGCCAAGAUCGCUGUACUCAGAUUAUCACAAAGAGCAUCGUUUUCCAAUGAAAUUGAUUGUUUAAUUCGUAACAAACCCGUCCCAGCGAAAAGUAAAAUCUUUCGAAUGAACCCGUUUAUUGAUGAAGAUGGUGUACUACGUGUAGGUGGUAGGUUGUCAAAUGCCGAGUUGCCAUUUAAUCAAAAGUAUCCUGUAAUCCUUCACACGAAGCAUCGGUUAACAGACCUCAUCGUUCUUGAUUGCCAUAUGCGAAAUCUUCAUGCGGGAAUUCGCCAAAUGACAUACUUAUUAUCGUUGGAGCAUUUUAUCGUCGAUGUACACCAUGCGGUAAAGAGAUGCAUCUAUAAAUGCCCAGAUUGUAUGAGACAGCGUGCUAUUCCCUUUAAACAACAGAUGGGAGAUUUACCUAGGCAGCGACUGGAACCAGGAUUAGCUUUCAACAACACCGGCGUUGAUUACGCUGGCCCCUUUAUCGUAAGCUCAUGGAAAGGUCGUGGUGCCAAGCGAUUUAAAACCUAUAUCGCCUUAUUCAUCUGCUUAGCUACCAAAGCUCUUCAUUUAGAAGCAGUUACGGAUUUGACCACAGAAGCUUUUAUAGCUGCCUUACGACGCUUCGUUGCCAGGCGUGGCCGUUGCGACACCAUUUUCAGCGACAAUGGCACGAAUUUCGUCGGCGCCAAUAAUCAGCUUCGCGAAUGGUCCAAAGAAUUUCUCUCUGACCAAUUUCAAGGUGAUGUCACAGACGAAUUGACCACCCAGGGCAUAAACUGGCGCUUUAUACCUCCACAUGCUCCACAUUUCGGUGGUUUGUGGGAGGCCGGUGUCAAAACGGUGAAAUUUCAUCUCCGCAGAAUACUAGGCAAUACCAUAGUUUCGUACGAGGAAUUUACUACAAUACUUUGUCAGAUAGAAGCUUGCGCCAAUUCGCGACCGUUGUGUUCCCGUUUUGAAGGAGACGUUGAUCCUCUUACGCCAGCACAUUUUUUAAUUAUGCGUCCCAUGACAAGUGUUCCUGACCAGCCCAUUGACGAUGGCGUUAAAACGUUAAAGAGAUGGCAAUAUGUUCAGCGACUUGUUCAACAGUUUUGGAAAAGGUGGUCGAGCGAUUACAUCAGUCAGCUCCAAAAGCGAAACAAGUGGGCUGAGAAGCUCAAGGACAUCGAAAUAAAUGAUAUCGUUAUCGUCAAAGAAGACAAUCAGUCCCCAUGCCAGUGGCUCAUUGGUAGAGUAACUCAAGUCUAUCCAGGAACUGAUGGUUUAGUUCGGGUUGUAUCCGUUAGAACAUCAAGGGGAGAAACAAAGCGACCGAUUUCCAAGCUAUGUCCGCUAUUCAUAGAUACGUAG